CAGACGCAAGUGGUACGAUUAAGUCAUUCCAGCAGCCGCAAGGCUCGUCCGAAUGUUCGACAUCCUUUUCGGGGUCAGCAUCAUCAUCGAAGUCAUCGACCGUACCGUCAUCGCAAGCUAGUGGCAACAAUUGCACGGCGACCGCUCCCGGUAAGUAUACUCAUCCAUCUAUAUCUACAACCACUAGAAGCGCUGAUCAUCUUUCUCAACAAGAAGCUGCCUUCCACCCUCACCCUCCGCAGACACGAGGGAUAAUAUCGAGCGAUGAGCUGAAGACAGCAUUCUCAUCCACCUGUCCUUCUAGUGGAGCAACACUCAAAAACGAUUUGAACAUUUUUUCCUCACCUUCUGUGGUAGACCACGAUAUGGAAAGAAGUCAGAAGUUCUUGCACGAUCAAGAAGCAAGGUCUGGUUUCACUAGAACAAGUAGUCCGAAACACACGACAAUGCAAGAAAGCAAUCCAGUUCUCGACGACUCUUCAGCCACUACAUCACAAAUGCACCUCCAAGCAAACCACUUCUCACAUAUAAUGCCAACGUCAUCCACCUCAUCAUCCUCGUUCACGACAAGUACUUCCUGUAAAGAUCCAACAAGAGCUCCUGCUAAUUCUUCACAGACUUCUCCAUCUCCCUGCCCUCCAGCGACUGCAGCGGCUACUUCUUCCGCUUCGACACAUCUGAAUACCCCAAGCAGAUCAUCCUCGUCCACAAAUUUGCCGCGCUGUGCAGCUGCUAGUGCGCCAUCUCCUGCUAUCGCAUGUACAUCCUCCACGAGAGCAGAUCUUCCCGGCUUUCCUUUGAUGAAGAAUCAAAUGAAAAUGUCCUCUGAAGAACGAUCUGGCAAUCGCGCCGCCAGAGUUUCUUCACCGAAUAAAAAUAUAGCAUCAACAUCUUCAACUACAAUACCGUCGACAUUUUCUUCAUCAGCUGUAUUCGCAUCUGCGCCAACGACUCCACUUGAAUGUACCACCAACCCACUCCUGUAUCCUUUUAAAACGCCGCAACCGCAGACUCUCAGCGCUGCUUCUUCGAGCUGGCUUAUGUCGAAGAGUUUAACCAGCACGAAAGACCACAUCGCUUUGCGGAACAACCAGCCCCUGCCAUUGCUAACUUCGUCUACAACAAGAAACUUCUCAGAUAAGAGAACUACAACAGGAACAAGCACGGGGCUCGUCGACAAUCUUAAUCUCUUUUCAUCCAGUGGGACGAGAGGGCUCCGUCUACAUUCAGGAUGUGACUCGUCAUUUGCAUCGACGUUUUUGUCUGACACCUACAACGCCACAUCCGUACUUGCCGACCGUGAUCGCACGCGAAGUAGUGGAGGCUUGCGCGAUCAGCGGAAGCACAUCACUUCGCAGCUGUCGUCUCACGUGGGCGGGGCAUCAGCGCAUGUGGCCACGACCCGAGAGCAUAAAAGUAGACUGAGACAUUACUUUUCAGAUGGGUACGCGUCCUUAGAAGGUCCGUGCCUUCACUCUCACGAUUCUGCGAUUCGUGCCCUGGUACAACGGCUAUUAUCGUCAUGAAUAUUAUUGAAGUUUUGCUUCUGCACGAAAAUAUGAUAUGUGUUGGAGAGAUCUUGUUUUUCCGUAUAGGUUUAGACAAUCUUCAACACGAACUACUAGACAAUAGACGCUAUAAAAUUAGCGUCUUGCCAAAAAUCGAGCUCUUGAAGAAAAUCUCGGAUCUUGGUGGGGCGGUGGCGUGGCCUGCGUGGGUGGGAGGGCCGCUGCGAUAGCGACCCGCAACGGCGGGCGCGGUUUCGCUAAGGAACGAAGCGCUCCUGCCGCCGAGGCAGUCGGUUCUCCAGGAGGCGCUUCGCGGGGUGCGGACGCCGUUGCGAUUUUCGAGGGCCGCGGCUGCUGCUGCGAGGCUUGCUUUGCGCAGCAGUCGUCGCGACUUUUGCGCGAUGAAUAUGGCUGCCGCUGUGACUCUUGCGAAGCGCGGCCGCUGCCGCCGCAGUAGAUUUUUGCGCAGCGCGGCUGCCACGGUGAUGGACUUCCACGCCCACGGAACACGGGCGGCUGCCGCCGCUUUCUCUUUUUUUCGAAGCGCUGGCUGCGGCCGUUGCGGCUUUUUCAGAGCACGGCUGUCGCCGCUCUUGUGAUUUUUGUGGCACGCGGCUUCCCUUGUGGUUUUUGUGAAACACGGCUGCUGCCGCGGUUUUUUCGAAGCGCGCGUGGCUGCCGCCGCGAUUUAUUUUUUCAGAACGCGAAUGCCGCCGUGAUUCUUUCACACCAAGGCUGCUGCCGCGAUUUUUUCGCGGCGCGGCUGCUGCCGCGGUUUUAGCGCUGCGGGGGUGCCGCUGCGGCUUUUUCGAGAGGAGACGCGGCUGCUGUUGCGAUUUUUUCGCGAUGUGGCUGCCGUCGCGAUUUCUUCAAGACGUGGCUGCUGCCGCGGUUUUUUCCAGGCGCGGCUGCCGCCGCGGUUUUUGCGAGACCUGGCUGCCGCUGUGAUUUUUUUUCAAGACUGAUCUGCUGAUCUUGAUGAUGCUCGUGUUGAUGUUGCAUGGUGCAACGAGGGUUUAUUCGCUCUUGUUUCUGAAAUCUUCAGUCCUCCGCGUCAACGUCGGGAGAGGUACUAUUGGGAAAGUCAGGCCGACCGCGGUGUGGAAUCAGUUCGGCAUUGAGACGAGUGCAUUCUGAUGCCGAUCCGCGGCCAGCGUCCUCAUUUCUUGAAGGCAACAGCCGCAGUUUUGCACGUGAGGAGGGCUUUUCGCGAUACCGCUGACCGCUAGCGAGCGACGGGAGGCGCGAAGUGAAGCUUCACGGUUCUUGUAACAAGAAGAAACUCGGGCGGCGGAACGACUAAAUAAAGCUGCAAAUAAUUUGGCCCAUGAUGUUUUUAUUAGUGCCCCCCAGAAUUGCGGAGAAAGUAUAAAGUAACUAGAAGUUUUCUACGUUUUUUCGUAGGGGUAUGAUUACUUAUGUAGAUGAUAUAGUAAGAGUAAUGUUGGAAGUGUAAGUAGAGUCAUUACUUGAUAGUAGCCAUGAUUAGUCUCCCCAGUCUUGGGAGUACUGCAAUUACUUGCUGAAGCACUUGAUGACUUCUGAUGGAUUCUGUUAUUUUCAUUCUUCUGGGGUCAUGGAAGAAAUGAUCCUACAAGUUACUUACAGCUGGAGGCGUGCCUUCAAGGCUAAUAAGUGACGCGGCGACAGCAGACAAGAACUGUGGUUGCUUUUUCCAUUUAUAUCCAAAUCGGUGUCGUGGCUCUCCUCAGGAGGUACCACUCCACUGAGUGGCCUCAUACAUAGACACCUAUCGCUAUAUAUAAAAGAGAGGCACAAUGAAAUGACAUGGUGGUAGUGGUGCUGAGCACUGUCGUCGUGUGUUAGUUGUUUGAGUCAUUGUACUCUUCCAAUGUUGAUGUCCGUCAUUCUCGCAUCCUAGGAAGAAAAAGAUCAAACACCUUGAACUAUUUCUGCUCCCUCGCUGCUUUUUAGACGAGUUCUUGUCACAGUCCUCGUAGUCGGUCGGAAGAAUUUAUCUGCCUUUUAUAGGAGGAAAGUCAACAAUUAAGAUAGCCACUAUACCUCGCGAAUGGGUACACUACUACUAUUACUAUUACUACUCCUACUGCUCCUACUACUCCUACUACUCCUACUACUCCUACUACUCCUACUACUCCUACUCCUCCUCCUCCUCCUCCUCCUACUCCUCCUCCUACUCCUCCUACUCCUCCUACUCCUCCUACUCCUACCUAGUACUCCUACCUAGUACUCCUACCUAGUACUCCUACCUAGUACUCCUACCUAGUACUCCUACUUAGUACUCCUCCUACGACUACUACGACUACUACGGGCUCCAACUCUGGAGCGAGUAGUUGCCAGAAGAGGCCUGACCCAUCGACGCAGGGCGAAAGAAAGCCGGGGAAGCGCUGCCUCCUUCCGUUUGGGAUCGAUGGCGGCGCGCCGCUCCCCACUCGCUGGCGGGGAGCAAGUGCCUCGUCCCCCUACUGUGGUUUGGUUGGGUGGUGUCAUGCUGGGUUUAGGUUUUCGCCCCGCUGCGCUGCGGUGUGAGGGGUUCCCGCGGGGAUGGGUUCGUGGCCGGCUUGCGGCCGAAGGGUGCCGCUGUGACACAGGGAAAAAUUCGGCGUUCUUGGCUGAUGUGUGGGCGGGUAGCGGUGGGUGUGGUUUCACGUUGGUGGGCAGCGGGGUGGGCCGGUGCGGGACAUGCCACACCCCCCAGAGCCCCCGCGUUGGACCCUUUACGGACAUUCGACUGCCCCCCCGGCUGUAUUCCACUGGCGGACGCCUCCCCUGCCAGCCUGCAGUGCUUUUGUUUUCUGCAGCUUCAACGCCUCGCCAAGGCUGCGCCUGCAUUUAGGAUUCAGUUAAGAUUCCUUCCCAGGUCGUUCCUGUGACUUCACUCUUCUAGAUAGAAAAGAUAUCAAUGAAAGGUCUUCGUACUCGCUAGCAAGGCUUUUUCAAUGUCGGAGUCUUUUCUUUUUGUUGUGAAUCCAGAAGGCUGACAGGAGAAGGAGUAUUUAUCAGUUCAAUUCAGUCGUGUCCGCGGAACUGAAAAAGGCCAAACCGUCACCCAUAUUUAUAGAUAGAUUGACCGUCCUGAUUUGUGUCUAGUAACCCUUUUGUCUCCGUUCGUUGUAGUUGAGUUGUCGUGCAGCUCAUGUUUUCAUCUACUGCUGCCUCCCAUAUCAAUUUCAAUAUUGGUGUUUGCAGCUGCCAGCGUCGGAUGUUGGCUCUAGAGCUGUUCGAAGUAAGUGAAGUUGCAACUUGCUCAGCAGCCCCGCGUGGAGUGUAAAAAAGACUGGAUAUCUAUAUAAAAACGUUGUUUCAGUUUAGGUUUAUAUCUUCACCCACACCCUUUUCCUCUUGGCAUGAUCUACUUACAUCUUCAACAAGAAAUACCAAAGAAAUACCAAACUCCAUCACUACCUUGAACAAUCAAGAAGUAAAAACCGUCUGCAAAUAACGCACUGACCCACCCAUGAAAAUACUUUUUGCUGGUUUCAUUCUUCUUCACUUUCUAGAAGUUAGUACUAAAGUGUGAUGCACCCCCACGCCUCUAGGAUGAGCUUUCUUCAUUUACCACUGCGGAGUGGAAAGACAAUGAUGACUAACAGUACUUUCAUUCGAGAAGAAGAUUAAGGCUCGAAGUAGUCCGUGGAGGAGCAGCAAGGCAAGGACAGGAGAAGAAAUAACGGUACAGAACAAUGCAGUUGGCGCGUGUGUGGUAGUAGGUAGUUGCUACAGCUCUUCAGUCGCACGUUGUGGUGUUCUGAAUCUCAG